AUGUAUCAGGAUCGUCUGAAGGUAGCUUUUGAUAGACAAAAGUCCUAUACAGAUUUAAAAAGGAGGGAUAUCGAGUGCUCUACGGGUGACUUUGUAUUCCUUAAGGUAUCUCUAUGGAAGAAGGUUCUGCGGUUCGAUCGUAAGGGCAAGUUAAACCCUAGGUUCAUCGCGCCGUAUCAGAUUCUGAAGCGUGUGGGACUGGUGGCUUAUCAGUUAGAGCUACCUCCAGAGUUGGAUCGUAUCCAUGAUGUCUUUCAUGUCUCGAUGUUGAGGCGGUACCGGUCUGAUGCAUCUCACGUUGUCUUUGUCAAGGAGAUCGAGGUUAGACCGGACUUGACAUUUGAGGAGGAGUCAAUUUAG